UAGAUCUCCGACACGUCUGUAGUUUAACUCUUCACUUUGGUCUUUUUAAAGCCUUUAAGCAAAGCCUCUGCAUCCUUAAUCUCUCUCUCUUCUCUCUUUUUUUCUCUCUCGCUCGCAAAACUCUAUUUUUAUUUUUCUUUUAUCUCUUGUAACAAGAAAAAAAAAAAUACAACCCUAUAAUGGAGGUGCCGGUGAUUAAUAGAAUAAGAGAUUUCGAAGUUGGCAUAAACUCGAUUAACGAUCCUUCGUUUCUUUCUCGAUCUGUUGCUGUUUCCGGAAUCGGAAAGCUACACCAAGCUUACGGGUUUUGGAAAUGGGGAGCUUUGAUUAUAGCGUUUCUAGCUUAUUUCACCAACUUUGUUAGUAAACUCAACAGUUUAGUUGUUAGGUUACGAAAAAAUAUAGAUGUCUCUGUCUCUUCACCAACGCUUUUUGAUGAUUACGAUAGCGAUUCCGAUGUUUCUUGUUCGUCUACGGCGUCCUCGGACGAUGAAGAUGAAGAGGAAGAGGAGGAAGAUGACGAAGAAGAUGAGGAUGUUGACUCGAUCUUUAGCCGGGUCAACGGAGGUUUCCGCGUGAGAGGAUCUGAUUAUUAUAACGACGUUGAUGGUGGUGAACGCACGUGGAUGAGGCAGAGGUGUAGUGGUAGUUUUGGAGAUUUGUUCUCGUGGCCUGAUCUUGGUGGGAUUGGUUCGAGUGGUGUUGUGAAGCUUUGGGAUCAUUUAGAUAGCGACGGUGGUGAUGAUGAUGAUGAUGAUGAUGAUCACGAGAAUGUUGUGGCUACGUUUCUCAAGAAUUGUAGCUUCACAUCGUCGCAAGUUUUUCUUGCGGCGGAGAAGAACGGUGUCGACGCCGUUAAAGUGAAGGCGUGUGAUCCACGCGCCGGUUUUAAGAUGCCGGCGUUGCUUGCGGAGUGGAGGCAGCCGGGGAGGUUGUUAGGGAAUAUUAUCGGGAUUGACGCCGGCGGAGUGGAGAAAGUGUACGUCAGGGAUGAUGUUAGCGGAGAAAUCGCGGUGGGAGAUUUGAGGAAGUUUAACGGCGUGUUGACGGAGUGUGAGGCUGAGACAUGGUGGGACGCGGACGUCAUUAUCUCGGGAUGAUGGAUUCGGUUGACGAGAAGGAUGCGAUUAAAAUAAGGUUUAAAGUGGUGGGACGGUUUUGUCUCAAAAGUUUGAAAGAUUCAAAUGCAAAAGUGUAAAACGAGAAACGAUUGCAACAUUUUGUAAAUAACUUUGUCUGUUUGCUUUCCUCUUGGAAUUGUUUUAUCUUAAAAAUUUCUAAGUUCGAUUGAAUGAAUGAUUAAACAUCAGCCUCAAGACUAAUAAAGUGUUCGUGUGUGUUUUGGUCGGUUUCUA